UCUCUUGCGCCUGCUCCUGCCAGGAAGAAAUAGACAUCUCUGCUUGUAGCUGCCAGUGCAGUCUCAUAGCAACGGGUCUGAAAUUGCUCAGGAGGUGAACUCCACCCAGCCCAAGUUCUGACAGCUAAUUAAUUUCUGUGGUUGCAGCAUGAACACCUCCCAAGCAUGGGUUCCUUUGCUUCUAGGAAAUUUGCCCCCAUCUGCAGCAUCUGUGAAAAUCCCAUCAUUCCUCGGGAUGGGAAAGAUGCCUUCAAAAUCGAGUGCAUGGGAAGAAACUUCCAUGAAAAUUGCUACAGGUGUGAGGACUGCAGGAUCCUCCUGUCUGUGGAGCCCACGGACCAAGGCUGCUACCCCCUGAACAACCGUCUCUUCUGCAAGCCGUGCCACGUGAAGCGGAGUGCUGCAGGGUGCUGCUGAGAGCACCCUCUGGGCGUCGGGCAGUGAAUGGACCACUAGCCCCAGCUGGGGCCCUUCCCUGACUUGGUUUCCCUUCCUGACCUGCUCUUGCACACUUUCUUUCUGAGCCUCCAUAGGGACCAGCCUGCAAGUCGUCUCAGCCUGUCCAGGACACAGCGGGCUGAGUGCCCCCCGACCUUCCACUCCUCCUCUACCCUCUGGGCACCAGAAGACUCCUGGACCAUGGGCGUCACCCCCAGAAUUCCCUGCUGGGCCCACCCCACUUCCAGGGGAAAGCUGGGGGAAGUCUGCCGGGGCACUUGGACCCCUAUCACUGACUGUAGCUGUCUGGUAGGGGUGCUGGGACCAGCCUGGCCUGUUGUAGGGUUGAGCUGUUUGAGGAAAAACUCCAAGAUCCCUUAAAAAGUGCUUUUUAGGCCAGGCAUGGUGGCCCAUGCCUGUAAUCCCAGCAGUUUGGGAGGCCAAGGUGAGUAGAUCACUGAGGUCAGGAGUUCGAGAACAGCCUGGCCAACAUGGCGAAACCCCAUUUCUACUAAAAAUACAAAAAAUUAGCUGGGCGUGGUGGUGCAUGCCUAUAGUCCCAGCUACAUGGAAGGCUGAGGCAGGAGAAUCACUUG